UGAGAUAAAUAUCAAUCCUUAUGAACAAGUUCUAGAAGUGAAUAAAAUGAGUAUAGAAACAACAAAUAUAGAUGAAUCAUCUAGUUUGAAGCUUAUAGAAGUAGAAAUAAUUCUAGUUGAAGCUCAACUUGAA